AUGGGUUUGGAAGAUGCUGUUGAACAAGUUUUGGUUUCUGAAAUAUCAGUUGAUGUGACCAAUUUGGAUGGAACUUUGCCUGUGAAAAGGAAACAUCCACGAAAAGGAAAGAGAAAACCGAAGUUACCAUUUAAAUGUCAAUUUAAGGGAACAACUGAAUGUUUCUACAUAAACAAAAAAAUUAUCUUCUUUACUCUGAUGGUUUUUGUUAUUAUGUUAAUAACAUGGACCUUACUAUGGGUCUUUGUAUUGAGAACACAAAACAAUACUGCUUUGUAUUUUGCUGGAUUAUUCCGUAUAGCAAAUAUUGAAUUUAUUCCUGAGUAUCGAAGGAAGGACUCCACUGAAUUCCUCUCCAUGGCCGCUAAAGUUCAGCAAGUGAUGAACAAUGUUUAUAAGAAAUCACUUUUCUCCAAGUUGUACAAGCAAUCAACUGUUUCUGACUUGAGUAACAACAACAAUGGUGGCAUUCUUGUUCACUUCUGGAUUGUUUUUAUCGUUCCAAAUAUGAAGACCUUGUUUGUGUGUGAGGACUGUGUCAGUGCAAUCUUAAAGGACUCUAUUCAGACAAGUCUGGUAAAUCGCACAUCGAUUGGAUACCUUCUUGGACUUCCUGUGGACAUGGACUCAAUUAUUGUUAAUGCUGGCCUCCGUUCUGAUUACAUUGCUACAGCUGUGACAGGUUCUAAAUAUGUUAUCGAUAAAUUUGCUGAGCAGGCUGGUAUUCCAAUUCCUCUAAACAUCUUUGCUGCCUCUGGACAAGUACACUGCCACUUCAAGCUGACUUCACCACCAGGACAUGUCAUUCGUCUCUCCCUCAGCUCCUUACAGAUUGAACCAGACAGCUGUGUCACAGAUUCACUUAGCAUUUAUGACUCUCUCAUGCCUAUAAGGAGUAAGAAUUUGUACCGAGUCUGCGAACCCUUUGCUUCUUUCCCAGUUUCCUUUGUGUCUACUGGCAAUGGCAUGUUUCUCUCAUUCAAAUCCCUCAGAAUGCAUGGAAUAAGAGAAAUAAAUGGGUAUUUUGAGGCAAUUCCCAGUGAAAAAUUUGAAAGCACAAUAAUUUCGACAGAUGGAACGAGAUUAGAAGGAAAUAUCACCAGUCCAUACUAUCCAAGCUAUUAUCCUCUAAAAUGUAGUAGUACCUGGACAUUUAAGACUUCUACACCUUCUUUUGGACUAGCACUGAAAUUUCAUAACUACACCGUGAAGGAAAAGGGACUUGAAAGGUGUGAUCAUGGCUGGUGGAAAAUCAAUGAAAAAAUGUACUGUGGUUAUCAAAUAGAUCACCAGACAGUGUUCCACAUAGCGAAUUUCCUGGUCAAUAUCAUGUUCCAGUGCAGUGGAAAACAAUCAGACAAGGCAUUUCUAGCAGAAUACAGCAGUUAUAACAUCAGCCAGCCUUGUCCUAAUGGAUAUUAUGUUUGCUCUACUGGUCUGUGCAUCCGACAGUCUCAACGUUGUGAUGGAUCAGAUGACUGCUUUGAUGAAAGUGAUGAAGUAUUUUGUUCUCCACCACCAAAAGAGUGCAACACAAAUUCUCCACAGCACUACUUUAUUUGCAAUGGAGUCAAAGACUGUGAGAGUGGCACUGAUGAACUCAACUGCACUGACUCUGUACCUUGCACAAAUAUCACCUAUAAAUGUAAGAAUAACCUUUGCAUUAGGAAGAGGAAUGCUAAAUGUGAUGCAAGUGUAGACUGCUUAGAUGGAAGCGAUGAAAUGAGUUGUGGUGAGCAGUGGCGCAGCCGAAUAGUCGGAGGAUCUAAUGCUCGUGAUGGACAGUGGCCCUGGCAAGUUAGCCUACACUUUUCUGGAUCACCAUAUUGUGGAGCUUCAGUAAUAACAAAAGAGUGGCUCCUAUCUGCAGCACAUUGCUUUCAAGGGGAAAAAAUGUCUGAUCCCAGGUCAUGGGUAGCUCAUUUAGGAAUGCGUUCUCAAGGAAAUGCAAAAUUUGUAAGUGAACUCAAAAGGAUCAUUGUUCAUGAAUACUAUAAUGAUCGAACCUUUGACUAUGAUAUUUCACUGCUACAACUGAAGGCGUCAUGGCCAGAUACACUUGCACCAGUAAUCCAACCAAUUUGUGUUCCCUCACUUACUCAAAUGAUAUCCAAUGGAGAGAAAUGCUGGGUGACUGGCUGGGGGCAGAAACAGGAAGCAGGUAGCAGUGAUUCUACAGUUCUUCAGCAAGCAAAGGUUGAAAUCAUGAAUCAGUCACUCUGCCGUUCCACCUAUGGACUUGUCACUCCACGCAUGCUCUGUGCAGGGUUACUUUCAGGGAAAAGAGAUGCAUGUCGCGGUGACUCUGGAGGACCAUUAUCUUGUCAGGAAAGGAUUGGUGGAAGAUGGUUUCUGACUGGCAUCGUUAGCUGGGGCCAUGGAUGUGGAAGAGAAAAUUAUCCUGGGGUCUACACAAGAGUAUCAAAGUUUGCCACUUGGAUCCAGCAGCAUGUCUCUACUUUGCCAAUUACUGAUGAUUUUACAUAG